CAAAUGAUCGGUGUGUGCUAUGGCAUGGUGGGUAAUAACCUCCCGUCGCGGAGCGAGGUGGUGCAUAUGUACAUAUCCAAGGGCAUCAAACGGAUGCGCAUCUACUACCCCGACAAGGAGGCUCUCAACGCCCUGCGCAACUCCGGCAUCGCCCUCAUCCUCGACGUCGGCGACCAGUUGUCCAACCUCGCCGCCAGCUCCUCCAACGCGGCCGCGUGGGUCCGUGACAACAUCAGCCCCUACUAUCCGGCCGUCAACAUCAAGUACAUCGCCGUCGGCAACGAGGUGGUAGGCGGCACCACGGAGAGCAUCCUCCCGGCCAUGCGCAACGUCAACUCCGCCCUUGCCGCGGCCGGCAUCGGCGGCAUCAAGGUUUCCACCGCGGUGAAAUCCGACGUGAUCGCCAACUAUUACCCUCCCUCCGCCGGCGUGUUCGCGUAUACCUACAUGAAUGGCAUAGCUCAGUACCUGGCGAGCACCGGCGCGCCGCUGCUGGCCAACGUCUACCCCUACUUCGCCUACAAGGAUAAACCGUGCAUCAACCUCAACUACGCCACGUUCCGGGUGAGCCCCACAGAGAGGGACCAAAAUAACGGACUCACCUACACCAACCUGUUCGACGCCAUGAUGCAUGCCAUCUACGCCGCGCUGGAGAAGGCUGGCGCGGGGAACGUGAAUGUGGUGGUGUCGGAGAGCGGGUGGCCGUCGGCGGGAGGGUUCGCGGCGAGCGUGGACAACGCGAGGGCAUACAACCAGGGACUGAUCGAUCACGUCAGGCGUGGCACGCCCAGGAGGCCGAGGCCACUGGAGACUGACAUAUUCGCCAUGUUCAACGAGAACCAGAAGAACGGGGAUCUCACCGAGAGGAACUUUGGCCUCUUCUAUCCUAACAAGUCGCCGGUGUAUCCGCUUACCUGCUUUCCGAACUAG